AUGGAGGAACUCGAAGAUGAUGUUCACCAAGACAAGUCAAUUGUACGGGUUGUGAUUGACUCCCUACUUCUACCCCUUCGCAUCGCGACAUCGCCAGCCCUGAUACGGACGUACCUGCGCACCGCACUUCUCUUCAUCGCAUCCACUAUCCUUUUCGGCUUCGCUGUCGUAGCCUAUUCUUCCUUUUACUAUGCCUACAUUCCCGUCCGCGGCAUCGUAGUACCGGUAUAUCUCCAGUACGAUCAUAGUCCAGUGGUUCUACAUACACCCACGCAAGUCAGUGGCGUGCCAACCGGAAAAGCAGCAAAAUGGCCGUACGGACUCGCAAACAUACCCGGGCUAGUGGACCGCCAAAAGUACGACGUAGUCGUUGAACUCGACCUCCCAAGAAGCGAAACCAACCUCCGCGCUGGCAAUUGGAUGAUAGGCCUGGAAUUUCGGGGCCCCACGACACUCGGGCAGGGCGUAAAACACAUGCUGGGCUGGGACGAAGAGUGGAACGUCGAAGACCACAGUCAAGGCGGCGCACCGGGCAACACAGCUGAGAAAGUCGUAACAGACGAUACAACGCCUCAGACUCCUACGGUCCUUGCUCGAAGUAAAAGACCAGCAAUCCUCACAUACCGGAGCCGCAUCCUUGAAAUGAUUUACCGUCUCAUGCGCCUCCCGUUGUAUUUGCUGGGUUGGCACAAGGAAUCCGAGCAUGUAACUAUCAAAAUGAUGGAAUCAGUCAUGUUUGAACCUGGAUACCGCAAUGUACCUUCCUCACUACGUCUUGAACUCCGAUCGAAAUUGCCGUUGGAAGUUUAUCGUGCAAGCGUGCACAUUACCGCGCGUCUCGAAGGGAUCCGAUGGCUCAUGUAUCGGUACCGCAUUCUCAGCGCUAUCCUUGGUAUCUUGAGCUUUUGGGGAAUGGAAAUGUGCGUGUUGGUGAUUACGUGGGGUACAUUCACAUUGCUUGCUUCGUCUUUCUCGUCGGUACCCGGGGAUGAUGAGGAGGAGAGGAAAGAAGAGAAAAAGAUUAAGGCCGAAGCUGGGGAAACGGACCCAGGCACCCCGUUUAGUGAGACGAGUCGCACAUUUCCUACCCUGCCGUCGCAGUAUCCACUUUCGUAUAGUUCGUCUGGUGGUGGUGUUAAGCAAGAGGAGAGUGAAUCGGCGUUGAAGGAUAUCCCAGUGAAAGAAGAGGCGGAGGCGGAUGAUGAGGAUGAGGAUUUUUUGCUCAAAGUACCGUUGCCCGUGGGCGUGGAGAGGGAAGGUGUGUUUACGGAUUCGGGAUUAGGGACGGGGUUGGAGAGUGGGGUUGAAAGGGGAGCUGCGAGGAGGAGGGUGAUGAAGGGGGAGUAG